AAAUAACGAAAAAUCAAAAGUUCGUUAUCACUUUCGGAUAAAUAUUUUCACACUGUUCACUGAACGCGGUCUCUUGUCAAACUGACAAGCAGGCGUCGUGUAAAGAACGAUUAUUGAUUGCGUACAAUUAUUGAUUGGAUACGAGCGUGCGCUCUUCUUAGGACAAUGCCAUCGACGCGUCGCUUCACAAAACAUUAUUAAAAGCUGGCGCAAGCGUAUUUAUGCAUGUCUCUAGAAGCUAUAACUGAGCAAAACUUAAGCUGAUCAUUGCAGUAACAUAUCGGUUGUCUUUGUGAAACAAACAUGAGCGAUCCGAAACACGUAAUAGAUAACAAAAACGCCGAUGACUACGGUAUACAAUUAAAUCGAUGGUUUCUCAUAUCGCUAGGUGCUUGGCCACAAACAAGUGCGUCGAACAAAAUAAAAAAACUCGCGGUGUCAAUGCAAAUCUUCAUUUUUUCGGCCACGAUGGCGAUCAUUCUGCUACCAUGCAUGUUGCACAUGGCGCUUGAAAAAAGAGAUAUUAAGACUAAAUUAAACGCCCUCGUUCCGCUAGUUAACAGACUCAUGGGAUCCAUAAAUUACUGGGCGUUACUUACGCGUAACAAAGAUAUUCAACGUUGCAUAUGGCAUAUGGAGGCGGAUUGGAAACUCGUUCGGAGAAGCGUUGACCGUGAAGUGAUGUUCCAAUAUGCCAAGAUCGGCCGCUUCAUGACCGUAAUUUGCGCGACGUUUAUGCAUGGUGCUACGGUGUUACUUACCGCGGUCACGUCGAUGAAAAGAAUAACUGUUAUCAUCGGGAACAGAACCAUUACGAUGCAUCCGAUGACAUGUCCAAUGUACAGCAAAAUGCUUGACGUGAGACUCAGCCCUGCAAACGAAAUCAUGCUGGGUAUACAAACCUUCUCGGCAUUUGUAAUGGCUUCCUCUACAGUAGCUAUUUGUAGUCUUGCUGCCGUCUUCGCGAUGCAUGCUUGCGGUCAACUGAACGUAAUGCAUACGUGGUUAAAUGAGCUCGCCGAGGAGAAGAAUAAUCAUUUAGCAGAACAAAAACUUGCAGCCAUCGUGAAACAUCAUUGGAGAGUCCUCGGUUUUGUACAGCAAAUAGAAAGUAUUAUGCAUAAAGCCUGUCUAGGAGAAUUAAUGGGAUGCACGAUGUGUAUGUGUUUACUUGGAUAUUACACUGUUAUGACCUGGAAUGCGUUCAAUGGGGCAAAAAUAUUAACAUAUUUUAUCGGAUACAUAGCAAUGGGUUUCAAUAUAUUUAUAUAUUGUUACAUCGGUGAAAUCCUCACGGAGCAGUGUAAAAAAAUUGGAGACAUAGCAUAUAUGACUAAUUGGUAUAAACUGCCUCACAAAACAGCGCUUAGUCUCAUUUUGAUAAUCAUGCAGUCGAGUCACAUUAUCAAGAUAACUGCGGGAAAACUAGUUCUGUUAUCCAUAUCAACAUUUGGUGACAUAAUCAAAACUUCUACGGCAUAUUUGAAUAUCUUACGAACGAUGACUGCAUAAAACAUAAAAAUUUUGAAAUUAUG